CAUGAUCAAUGGUACAAAAGACAAAGUCAGAUCGACGUUAGAGCAUCAGUUACCCUUGAGAAUUCCAAAAGACCUUUUCUUCGUCUGCUCAGAACUAUCGUUCUCUGAUUUUUGUUCAUAUUCGUUGCCGUACCUAAGUAUCAUCUCCCGAAAAUGAAGAGCUUUGUUGUGUUGGCCUUGUUGGGUUGCUUGUGUGCCCUGGUGAUCAAUGUUUCGUCCCGGAGUGUGGGAAAGAACAUCCUGGCCCGUAGUGAUAGUGAUGAUAGCAGUGAUGAUAGCAGUGAUAGUGCUGCCAUGGAUACAGGAAUGGGAGAGAGCGACAGCAGUGAUGGUGGUGAUGACUCCUCGGACGAUAGUGAUGAUAGCAAUAGCGAAAACGACAGUGAUAGCGAAGACCCCGAGAAUGGUAUCAAUUCAGAUGACAGCGACAGUGAUGAUGGCUCGGCUGUGCAAGCCCAACAACCUGCCGUUCUCGUGCCUGCAGUUCCGGAGACUCCCAAGCCCCCAAUUCUCAUCACACAACCCGAAGACUUGGACAAAGAUGCGCCUGAAACUAACGCACCAACGGAAGCUCUUGUGGUGGACCCACCAACUCCUGCUGCUCCUCUCGACAAGGAUGCUCCUCAGUAACCAGGAAGCUUUGCAACGCACUCAGCCUCCGUCUACAAUCGAACCCCUCCCAUCUAACCGUCACCAGCUCACUAGAUCAAUUAAGUAUUAACUAUGGAAUGGUGUGGCUGUGUGGUAAGUUAGAGUGAGCUCACCACGAAUACACCUGCACCACUUGGCAAAAGCAAAUCAAUAACAACUAAAUUCAUAGUGUUACCGUACAUUCAUACUACAGGUUUCUUGAAAACCCGUCCGAAUUGAUAGCAUCAUCUUGCCCUUGCCUUGAUUUAUGAUUUUGGACUUCUGCCUUGAGCACAUAAUCGACAGUAAGAUAAUGACGGCAAUUCUUACAUUAUGCGUAACCCUAAGACUAACCCUACGCCCCCCCCCCAGGUUGGCUAAUGAAGUGAUUUUAGAAGCUGCCCAGAGGUACAAAUUCUAAACUUAAUUUGAUUUCUCACUCAGAUGUAAAGGUCGCGUUGACCGCGUAUCCUCCCAUCUGCCUAGCGAUGACACAUUGAGCAGCCUAGACCUGGCAAGUUUCUAAGAUGAAAUUCUAUCCUGACAGUUAUCGAAUCUUUUGCUCUUUGCUUCCUCUGUGAUAACAUACUACUCCAGGCUUACCAUGCAUGUAUUGUGCAUCUCCAUAUUCACCUCUAUCCCUACGUACUCACUUACAAGUAUUCUCACCAUCCGCUUCUCUGAUAAUUAAUCUGAUCGAUUACUUAACGCUAUUAAAAUUGUGUGUAUUCCUAAGUUGACUUUUCAUCGUCACAUAAACACAUUAAUUUGGUGAUAACACUAACACUAUUCUGAUAAUAAUAUUCCUCAUACCCGAA